AUGUGCACUGAACAGUUUACGCACUUUUACUGCAUGUACUGCAGUGUAUGCAUCAGGAAGGGAUAUGAAUGGGAGAUUUGCCAGAUUGCUCAACAGACAGAGUCAAAGGCUAUGGGGUCGUGUGGAUACACGGAUGAUGGGGUUGUUGCGAGCGUGUCGGAGUAUUGUCAGCAGUGUCCGCCUGAUGAUAGGAAGUGGAACAAGGCUACGCUUGACGGUGAAACAAAGACACAAUUGGCCUGA